AUGUGGCAAUCAGAACACUACUCAAAAGCGAAGCGGUCUGAAAGAAACAUGGAAAAUUUUCGUUUGGUUCUGUCGGAUUGCAAAGUGUAUGACCUGGGCUUCAAGGGACCGGGCUGGACAUACAAUAAUAAACAAGAUAGAAGCAGCAACGUGAGGGCACACCUGGAUAGAUGUGUGGCAUCGAGCGAGUGGUCCGACUACUUCAACCAAGCUACUGUUGAGCACAUCUGCUCCUCGAGAUCGGAUCAUUUGCCGAUCCUACUGAGAGUGGGAGGGAGAAAGGAAUGGAGGCCAAAAGAGAAGGGGUCUGCACCUACUUUCAGGUACGAACAUAUGUGGGAAAGAGUGGAGUCCUUUCAGCCAACCAUUAAAGCAGCCUGGAAAGAAAAGGGACCGGCGGCGAACCUGAAGGAAGUGUGUUCAAAGCUGAACCAGAUGAAGGGGGAGCUACGCAGCUGGGAAAAUCGUGACUUUGGCUCGGUUAUCAAACAAUCAGCGGAUAUUAGAUCAAAAUUGAGCAGAAUAUGGAACUCGACUAGCACACCCGAGACGCAAAAAAUAGCAGAUGAACUAGCUCGGAAUUUGGAUGAAUUGCUACUGAGGGAGGAGCUCAUGUGGAGGCAGCGCUCACGUGCUACUUAUCUCAGAGAGGGGGACAAGAAUACCAAAUGGUUCCAACAAAAAGCUACAUGGAGACGGAAGAAAAAUACCAUUGGCAGGCUGAAAGAUGAUUCAGGCAAGUGGGUCGAAGAUGACAAAGGAAUACAUGAAAUAACAAAUGUUUUCUUCAAGAAGCUAUACGAGAAGGAAGAGGGGAUCGACCCCAAUGAAAUUCUAGACCUAAUAGGAAACCGGGUGAAUGGGGAGAUGAACGACGUGUUGACAAAGCAGUUCUCAGCGGAAGAGAUAAGUGAUGCCCUUUUUCAAAUAGGGCCUCUAAAAGCCCCUGGUCCUGACGGCUUCCCGGGUCGUUUUUUCCAAAGGAACUGGGGGGAGCUGAAAGAGGAUGUCAUUAGAGGUGUCCUAGAAUUCUUUGAGAGUGGGGUUCUACCAGAUGGUAUUAAUGAUACAGUGAUCGUCCUCAUCCAAAGGGUGAUGAUCCGCAGUCAAUCAAGGAUUAUAGGCCGAUCAGUCUGUGCAACGAAUGUCAGAGAUAAUUACUGUGCAUAUAAGCUGGACCUUGCCAAAGCCUAUGACAGAGUGGACUGGGAUUUCUUGGAAGGUGUGCUCCGAAAGUUUGGCUUUUGCAAGAAAUGGACUGAUUGGGUUAUGCAGUGUGUCCGUACCAUGAGGUACUCGGUGAGAUGCAAUGGAGGUCUCUUGGAACCGUUUAUCCCAUCCAGAGGGCUGAGACAAGGGGACCCCCUUAGCCCUUACAUGUUCCUGUUUGUUGCGGAUGGCCUAGUGCACUUGCUAAAAAAGGAAAUUGCUGAAAACAACUUGACUCCCAUUAAGAUUGCGAGAAACAGCCCGGGUAUCUCAAAUCUCCUCUUCGCGGAUGAUAGCUUGAUUUUCUUCAAGGCCACGACUGAGCAAGCCAAAACCAUCAAAAGAGUGUUAACAACCUUCCAGAGGUGUACGGGGCAACUGCUCAGUGAGAGCAAAUGCUCAAUUCUCUUCAGUGAGGCUUGUCCGGAGGCAACUAGGGCGGGCAUUAAAAAUAUCCUGGGAGUACAAGCAGACACCUUUGAAAGCAAGUAUCUAGGUUUGCCGACGCCGGAAGGGAGAAUGAAGGAUGACCAAUUUCAGCCGAUACUGGACAGAUUUGGGAAAAGAUGCAACGACUGGUCGGAAAGGUUUAUGUCUUAUUCAGCUAAAGAAGUACAUGUCAAAUCAGUGGUUCAGGGCCUCCCCACGUAUACAAUGAAUGUGUUUAUGCUCUCUAAAGGGUUUUGUGAGAAGUACGAGAGAAUGAUAAGAGAUUUCUGGUGGGGAGAAGAGGAUGGACACAGGAAGGUUCACUGGAUGUCGUGGGACCGUAUGACUAAACCGAAAAGGGAUGGGGGUAUUGGCUUCAGAGAUAUGCAUCUCUUUAACCAGGCACUCCUCGCAAAGCAAGGGUGGAGACUGAUCCAGAACCCUAACAGCCUCUGCGCAAGAGUGCUUAAGUCAAAGUACUACCCUAAUGGAAAUGUCCUAGACACCGUCUAUGCAUCAGAUGUUUCACCGGUGUGGAGGGGCAUUGAGUUUGGAUUGCAACUUUUGAAGAAGGGGAUAAUUUGGAGGGUCGGAGAUGGAAAAAGUAUACAAAUCCAGCGAGAUCAGUGGCUGCCUAGAAGGGAGGGCCUCAUGACGGCUGCAUUCAUAAGGAGGUCCAGGCUCCGUUGGGUAAAUCAACUCAUGAUCCCGGAUAGGAAUGAGUGGAACGUUGACCUCAUCCGCCAGAUCUUCUAUCCUUUCGAUGCCGACGAGAUAUGCAAACUCCCGAUCCCAAGCUCAAAUGUGAGCGACCAACUUGCCUGGCACUAUGAAAGGAACGGAGCCUUCACAGUUAAGAGCGCGUACAAGUUAGCCGCAAAACUUGCUCAACAGGAGGCCUCCCCGUCCAGUUCUACAAGGGACGCCGACGAUAGGAGCAUUUGGGACUUGAUAUGGAAGGCCAAAGUGCCGGGUAAAGUGCGGAUUUUCGGGUGGCGAGUGGCUACCAAGACACUAGCCACUAAAGAAAAUAAGCACAAACGAACUCUUGAGACAGACGCAACAUGCAGCAUUUGCGGACGUGGGGUAGAGAAUGAGUACCACGCAAUUGUGGAGUGUACCAAAAGUAGAGGUUUGAGAAGGGCCAUGAGAGAAGUCUGGGUACUCCCGCCUGAGAAAAAGUUCAGAUACACGGGGGAGGAUUGGCUGCAAGUACUUCUUGACUCAGAGAACGAGGACACAGGAGCAAAAAUGCUGCUUCUGAUGUGGCGCUGCUGGCAUCUCCGGGAGGACUGCGUGCGCAUCGAAGGGAGACAAACAAUCAGCUCGUCAGUCCAAUUUCUAGAGAAAUAUGAGGAAGAGUUCAGAUUGGCGGGUACAGAGAUGGACGUGGGGUCAGAGGGGAAAACCGCCAUCGGAGGGAGGGUUCCUGAACAAAUUCCUGAAGUGAAUUUUAACAGGCGUUGGGUCCCUCCUGUACAAGGUACAGUAAAACUGAACACGGAUGCAGCGUUCGAGGGCGAAACUGGAGUGUGUGCUGCAGGAGUGAUAGCCAGAGACGAAAGAGGUAGAGUGCUCUUCGCUGAAUCCAAGGGACUGCCUCCCAGCAGUGGAGUGGACGAGGCCGAAGCCAGAGCAGCCCUGGUCGGGUUGCACACUCUGGCCGGCCGGUACAAUGGUCGGGUGAUACUUGAGAUGGACAACCAAUCGAUAGUCAAGGAAGUAGAAGCACAAACCCAACCACGCUCUGCCUGCUAUGGACUGAUAAUGGACAUCAGACGGGCAAUGGAAAGCUUCUCUGCUUGCAAGAUCAGCCACGUGAAGCGAUGCAGCAAUGCCCUGGCACAUGGGCUGGCUGCCCUACACAGAAGCUAUGGUGAUCAGAGGCUUGAUUCGGACGUCCCACCUAGCCUACAAAAUCUGAUGUAUUCUGAAUGUGUCAACCCGUAG